CAGCGAAACCAAACAGCAGCAGAUAGACAGCGCCAGAGACAGUGUGUGUUCUGUCUCUCUCACACACCAGCACGCGAGCGAGUGCGCGCGCUGACACUCUCUGGAAGAGCAUCUCUGAUCGUGCGUGUGGAGGAAGAGGAUUGUAUGUGCUCGGCGUUUCUGAUGCCAGCAGCUGAGAGGUAAACAGCUCACACACACACACACACACACACACACACACUCGGGCUUGAGGACACGUAUGGACGCGGUCGUGUGACUUAUGGACAGACAGGAGAAGGUGACGGCGAGCAGGAGACGAGGAGAGACGCGCACGCUCACGGACAGACAGAUGAGGACGCAGCCGUCUCACUCCAGACCUGGGUGUGUAGAGUGAAGUGGAGGGAGGCUCAUGGCUUCCUUAUGGGGCCUGGGCCAGAUGUGGUGGCUGGGACUGAUUCUGGCCCUGAUGGCCCCUCCAUGCACGGGUUGCCCACCACGCUGUGACUGCGCGGCGCAGCUCCGCUCCGUGUCUUGUCAGCGAAAGCGCUUGUCCGGCGUACCGGAGGGCAUCCCGACAGAGACGAAGCUGCUGGAUUUAAGCCGGAACCGUUUGCGCUGGGUUGCGCCGGGAGAUUUGGCUCCGUAUCCACGUCUGGAAGAGGUUGAUCUCAGUGAGAAUCUCAUCACAACAAUCGAGCCCAACGCCUUCGCCAGCCUGCAGGCCCUGCGCACGCUGAGACUCAGAGGAAACCAGCUGAAGCUCGUGCCCAUGGGAGCAUUUGCACGACUGGCGAACCUUACCACACUGGACCUGAGUGAGAACAAGAUCGUCAUCCUGCUGGACUACACCUUCCAGGAUCUGCGUAGUCUCAAAAAUUUGGAGGUGGGUGACAAUGACCUGGUCUACAUCUCUCAUAAGGCUUUCUCAGGAUUGAUAGGUCUGGAAGAUCUCACCAUCGAGCGGUGCAACCUGACUUCCAUAUCAGGCCAGACCCUGUCCUAUUUGCGUAACCUUGUCACCCUCCGACUACGCCACCUUAGCAUCUCUGCUCUCGAGGACCAAAACUUCCGCAAGCUGUCUGCACUGAGAGGUCUUGAGAUUGACAACUGGCCCUACUUGGAGUACAUCUCGCCGCUGAGCUUCCAGGGGCUCAAUCUCUCCUGGCUUUUCAUCACCAACACCAAUAUCACCUCCGUGCCGUCCGCAUCCUUCCGAAACCUUGCUUACCUGACGUCUCUGAACCUUUCCUACAAUGCCAUCUCUGUGCUUGAGUCCUGGGCUUUUCGAGACCUGAUCAGGCUGAAGGAACUACACAUGGUCAGCACCAAUCUGCUCACCGUUGAACCUCAUGCUUUGGGAGGUUUGCGGCAAAUCCGAGUCCUCAAUUUGUCCAACAACGACCUAGUCACCCUCGAGGAGAGUUCGUUCCACUCAGUCAACAGCCUGGAGACCCUUCGGGUGGACGGGAACCCAUUGUCCUGCGAUUGCCGGCUGCUUUGGAUCCUGCAGCGCAGACGUACCUUGAACUUUGACGGAAAGAUGCCUGUGUGCGCCGGACCGGCGGAGGUUCAAGGAUAUCUGUUGAGCACCUUCACCGAUUCUGCGUUGUUCGAUUAUUUCACCUGCCAGAAGCCGAAGAUCCGGAACCGGAAGCUGCAGCAGGUGACGGCGCACGAGGGCCAGCCGGUAUCAUUCCUGUGCCGCGCCGAGGGUGAACCGACGCCGGCGAUCAUCUGGAUCUCGCCGCAGCGGAGAAGGAUCACUCCGAAAUCCAACGGCAGGAUUACGGUGCUCCCAGGCGGAACGCUUGAGAUCCGUUAUGCCCAGGUCACGGACAGUGGCACGUACAUCUGCAUCGCAAGCAACGCAGGCGGCAACGACACCUACUUCGCCACGCUUACCGUAAAAGGCCAACUGGUGGACUCGCCACUCUUCUCCAACCGCUCCUUAUAUGCGGUGGACUUCAACGACACCGGGCUCAACAGCACGCGUGUUUUCCUCAAGUUCACGCUAGAUUUAACCACCAUCCUUGUGUCCACAGCCAUGGGCUGCAUCACUUUCCUGGGCGUCGUGCUCUUUUGCUUCCUGUUGUUGUUUGUGUGGAGCCGUGGACGCGGCCAGCGCAAAAAUAACUUCACAGUGGAGUAUUCCUUCAGGAAGACAGAAGGACCGGCCACAACCGGGGCAUCCGGAGGAACACGCAAGUUCAAUAUGAAAAUGAUAUGAAACAACGCAGCCAGGGGCCACCUGGGAGAUGCAUAGACGCCCAAUGCUGACACACACAGUGCUGAUUCGCAGAAAUACACACGCCAGCUCACAAUAUGAUCUUAGAAAUAUGACGGCCUGCAGUGGUAUUUUAUUGUUAUUAAUAUAGUAUUAUAUUGAGUUAUCAUGUUAACUAAAACUAUUUAAAAAAGGUACAUUAAUUGAAAAAAAAUUCUAAUUUUCGUUUAAA